AGUUCAAUCAGCCUUUUUGUAGGUUAUGUUGUUAAAAUAAAAAGCAUUAUUUAAUUAAAAAAUAACACAAUUCCGACCCCGCAUACAUUUUCACAAUGCUUUCGCGCAACUGGAGACAUCUCUGCCGGCGUUACUCACAGGCUGUAAACUUUAGGACCUCCGAAGCUUCACCAUCCCAACACAAUGACAACCAAAUCGGCAUGUUCUACACCCUCAAGCCCGAAGUAGUGAAGCAGCUGUUCGGACAGGGAGGGUUCCCCAAGAGCUUCCAGAAGCAGAACAAGACUUUCACAGAGGCUAGUAUUAUGGUGCGGUGGCCGGCGCUUGAUGUUAUGGAGUGCAUUAAGGCUACGGAUUUUGACAAGCCGGUUAUUAGAUAUGUUCUUUAUGGAGAAAAAGGUUCUGGCAAGUCCCUCACGAUGGCACACCUGCUGCACUAUGCUCACACUGAAGGCUACCUCAUUGUGCAUGUGCCCUGGGUAUCGGAAUGGCUCCGCCGCAUCCCUCGCCACAAGGAGAUGGCGAACUCCACCACUCGGGAAGGCUUCGUCGACCUGCCCCUGGAUGCAGCCGCGUGGCUCCUGCACUUCAAGAGCCAGAACCAGGCUCUGCUCAAGAACCCAGAUUUGGUCCUCUCAAAAGAAUACGUGUGGAGCAAACGCGAGAAGACCGAAGCAGGAGCGCCACUAUCGCAACUAGUCGAACAUGGCAUAACCAGAGUCAAAUACGCUUGUGACGUCAUCGAUGCGCUGGUUCAACAAAUUAAACUGCUGUCUAGCAGUAAGCGUUGCAAAACAUUCGUUGCCGUGGACGGUUUCAACGGGUUCUUCUACCCGCUGACGCGCCUGCGGACCCCCAGCAAGCGAGAGGUCAAGCCCGAUGAGGUCACGCUCACUACCUCCUUCUUAGACCUCACCACCAACGACUGGAGCAAUGGCGUAGUUGUGGUGACAGCGGACCAGUUGGCGGUGCCCGAUGAUCACCAGGAGUCAUAUCUACCUAAAUACUUGCUCUACAAAAAGGGCUUCGAGCACUUAGACCCCUUCAUCCCAGUGGAAGUGGGCAGGUACUCAGAGAAGGAGUUCCUCUCCUGCGCCAGCUACUACCGCGACCGGCUCUGGCUGCGCGGCCCCGAGGAGGUGGAGACAGAGCUGAAGUUUGUCAGCGCAAGCAACCCUUAUAGGUUUAUGGAGCUGUGUGCACCGUUAUAAAGUUCUAGUUUAGGAUAAUAUAGUAUGUAGAUAUUUAUUACUGUUGUUUUAUUU